AGGAACUGGAUCCAGCAUUUUGACACUUGUACAAACGUCUCCUCUAGCACGUAAUUUCUGGUCAAAUUGAGGCAAGAUCGCGAAUUUAAUGGAGUGAGUUGUAUAGGAGCAAGAACUUUACAAAGGACCUCUGAUUUGAUGGGAAGGCCGUUGUGAUUAUGUGUUGACUACAAUUUUCUUACUACUGAAAUGCCCACUGAAAUCAUGGAAGAGAAACAGCAGAUUAUAUUGGCUAAUCAAGAUGGUGGGACAGUGACAGGAGCAGCACCUACCUUCUUUGUCAUCCUAAAACAGCCAGGAAAUGGCAAAACUGAUCAAGGAAUUCUAGUUACUAAUCGAGAUGCCUGUACUUUGUCAAGUAGGGUGUCAUCACCAGGAAAAUCGAAAGGGAAGAUUUGCCUUCCAGCUGAUUGUACUGUGGGAAGAAUCACUGUUACCCUUGAUAACAAUAGUAUGUGGAAUGAGUUCCAUAAUCGAAGCACAGAGAUGAUUCUGACCAAGCAGGGAAGACGUAUGUUUCCUUAUUGUCGAUAUUGGAUAUCAGGUUUAGAUUCAAAUUUAAAGUAUAUACUUGUUAUGGAUAUAUCUCCUGUGGAUAACCAUCGUUAUAAGUGGAACGGUCGUUGGUGGGAACCCAGUGGGAAGGCUGAACCCCAUAUUUUGGGGAGAGUUUUCAUUCAUCCAGAAUCUCCUUCCACGGGUCAUUAUUGGAUGCAUCAACCAGUAUCUUUCUAUAAACUCAAACUUACCAACAAUACACUGGACCAGGAAGGGCAUAUUAUCUUGCACUCUAUGCAUCGUUACUUGCCAAGGCUUCAUUUGGUACCUGCAGAAAAAGCUACAGAAGUGAUACAAUUAAAUGGUCCUGGGGUCCAUACUUUUACCUUCCCCCAGACUGAAUUCUUUGCAGUAACAGCUUAUCAGAACAUACAGAUUACCCAGUUGAAAAUAGAUUACAAUCCAUUUGCCAAAGGCUUUCGGGAUGAUGGGUUGAAUGGUAAGCCUCAAAGAGAUGGAAAACAAAAGAACAACUCUGACCAAGAAGGGAAUAGUGUUUCUAGUUCUCCUGGUCAUCGUGUUCGUCUUACUGAAGGCGAGGGGUCAGAGAUACAUUCAGAUGAUUUUGAUCCUAUGGCAAGGGGUCAUGAAACAUCAGGCAUGGAUUUGGAGAAGCCUACCCUUGAUGUAAAACAAGACUUUCUUGGUUUUAUGAGUACUGAUUCAGCACUUGAAGUUCCUCAAUUGAAGCGUGAAAUUUCUGAAAGUCUUAUUGCCAACAAUUUUGAUGAUGAUUCCCAUAUUGCCUCGCCAUUAGACCCAAAUGGAAACUUCAAUGUUGUCAUUAAAGAGGAACCUCUAGAUGAUUAUGACUAUGAACUUGGUGAAUACCCAGAAGGGGUCACUGUGAAACAGGAAGAGACCGAUGAAGAAACCGAUGUAUAUUCGAACAGUGAUGAUGAUCCUAUAUUAGAGAAACAAUUAAAGAGGCACAAUAAAGUAGAUAACCUGGAAGCUGACCAUCUGUCUUGUAAAUGGCUACCAAGUAGUCCUUCAGGUGUUGCUAAAGCUAAAAUGUUUAAAUUAGAUGCAGGAAAGAUGCCAGUAGUUUACCUGGAGCCCUGUGCUGUCACCAAAAACACUGUGAAAAUUUCUGAAUUGCCUGAUAACAUGCUUUCCACAUCUCGCAAAGAUAAAUCUGUGUUUGCAGAAUUAGAGUAUUUGCCUACGUACAUUGAAAAUUCCAGUGGGAAUGGCUUCUGCUUAAGCAAGGAUUCAGAUAAUGGUCCUAGAAAACAUUCAUCAGAUCUCAGAAUGGUGCAAAAAUAUACAUUACUUAAAGACUCUCAGUGGAAAUAUCCUGAUAUAUUUGACAACAUCAGCACAGAAAGAAUACCUGACAGUUCAAAGGGAUCAGCUGGAGACUCAUCUUCAGGAAAAGAGGACUCGGGCAGAAAGCGAACAGCUAUGCUUAAGACUGCUACAUCCCCAAAGGCUCCUGUGACUGCUAAUCAGAAUGCCUCUCCAAAUACCCCUGGAAAAAGAGGAAGGCCUCGAAAGUUGAAGCUCUCUAAGGCAGGGCGACCACCUAAAAACACAGGCAAGUCUUUAACUGCUGCAAAGAAUACUCCUAUAGUUCCUGGAAAUUCCUUUCCUGAUGUGAAGCCUGAUCUGGAAGAUGUGGAUGGUGUUCUCUUUGUUUCCUUUGAAUCGAAGGAAGCUCUAGAUAUUCAUGCAGUUGAUGGGACAACAGAAGAACCCUCUAGUCUUGAGACUGCAGCUACAAGUGACCCAGUAGGUUGCAGAGCAAAAAUUUCCCAGUUGGAGAAGGAAUUAGUUGAAGAUUUGAAGUCUUUGCGACAUAAGCAGGUGAUACAUCCUGGUCUUCAAGAAGUGGGCUUAAAACUGAAUUCAGUGGAUCCAACAAUGAGCAUUGAUCUUAAGUACUUGGGAGUACAACUACCUUUGGCUCCAGCCACUAGCUUUCCCUUUUGGAACCUUACAGGAACCAACCCUGCCUCUCCUGAUGCUGGGUUUCCUUUUGUUUCUAGGACGGGAAAAACCAAUGACUUCACCAAGAUCAAGGGAUGGAGAGGAAAAUUUCACAGUGCUUCUGCAUCUAGGAAUGAAGGUGGAAAUUCAGAGGGUUCACUGAAAAACCGUUCUGCUUUCUGUAGUGAUAAGCUGGAUGAGUACUUAGAAAAUGAAGGCAAGUUGAUGGAAACAAGCAUGGGUUUCUCUUCCAAUGCCCCCACAUCUCCUGUAGUUUAUCAGCUUCCCACCAAGAGUACAAGCUAUGUACGAACACUUGAUAGUGUACUAAAGAAGCAAUCUGCCACUUCCCCUUCUACCUCUUACUCUGUGAAGCCUCGUUCUAUGUCCACUGCCUCUCGAAAAACAAAGUCUCAAAACAAACAGACAACACUCAGUGGCCGAACUAAAUCAUCUUAUAAAUCUAUUUUACCAUACCCAGUUUCACCAAAGCAGAAAUACUCUCAUGUGAUUUCGGGAGAUAAAAUCACCAAGAAUUCUUUAAGCACCAUCUUAGAUAGUCAGGUGAAUAACUUCGUUGUGCCAACUUUAGAUGAAAAUGCACUUCCAAAGCAGAUUAGCUUGCGGCAGGCACAGCAACAACAGCAACAACAGCAACAGGGAACUCGCCCUCCAGGCUUGUCUAAAUCUCAAGUGAAGCUUAUGGACCUGGAAGACUGUGCACUUUGGGAAGGAAAACCUAGGACCUAUAUUACUGAAGAGCGAGCAGAUGUUUCUUUGACAACUUUGCUUACAGCUCAAGCAUCUCUGAAAACUAAACCUAUCCACACAAUUAUAAGGAAACGAGCUCCUCCGUGCAACAACGACUUCUGUCGCCUGGGUUGUAUAUGUUCCAGUCUAGCUUUGGAGAAGCGCCAACCCGCUCACUGCCGUCGACCAGACUGCAUGUUUGGCUGCACUUGUUUGAAAAGAAAAGUUGUGCUUGUUAAAGGGGGAUCUAAAACAAAGCAUUUUCAAAAAAAGUCUACUCAUCGAGAUCCAGUAUUUUAUGAUUCAUUGGGAGAAGAAGCAAGGGAAGAAGGAGUCAGAGAGGAGGAGGAGGAACCAUUGAAGGAGAAAAAGAAGAGAAAGAAACUGGAAUACACUAUAUGUGAAGCAGAGCCUGAACAGCCUGUUCGACAUUACCCAUUGUGGGUGAAAGUAGAAGGUGAAGUAGAUCCAGAGCCAGUUUAUAUCCCAACACCCUCUGUCAUCGAGCCUAUGAAGCCAUUGGUGCUGCCUCCUUCAGAAGUAUUAUCUACUACUGUGAAGGGCAAACUACUUACUGGAAUUAAACCUGCACGGACAUAUACUCCCAAACCCAAUCCUGUGAUACGAGAAGAGGACAAAGAUCCAGUCUAUUUGUACUUUGAAAGUAUGAUGACUUGUGCCCGAGUUCGAGUAUAUGAAAGAAAGAAAGAGGAACAGAGACAGCCAUCCCCAUCCCUAUCCCCAACUCCAUCAUUUCACCAGCAGAGCUCAUGUUAUUCUAGUCCUGAGAAACAUAGUACAAAGGAACCUGAUUCUGAACAGUCUUUAAAACAACUCAUUUGUGACUUGGAGGAUGAUACUGAUAAAUCACAAGAAAAAAGCUGGAAAUCCUGCAAUGAAGGAGAGUCCUCUUCUACCUCUUAUGUACAUCAGAGGUCACCUGGUGGUCCCACCAAACUGAUAGAGAUCAUCUCAGAUUGCAAUUGGGAAGAAGAUCGCAACAAGAUUUUGAGCAUCUUAUCUCAGCACAUUAAUAGCAACAUGCCACAAUCACUAAAGGUGGGCAGCUUCAUCAUUGAGUUGGCUUCUCAGCGAAAGUGUCGGGGUGAGAAGAACCCUCCUGUUUAUUCUUCUCGUGUGAAAAUUUCUAUGCCAUCAUGUCAAGACCAGGAUGAUAUGGCUGAGAAAUCUGGAUCAGAGACUCCUGAUGGUUCAUUGUCCCCUGGGAAAAUGGAUGAUAUCUCUCCUGUGCAGACAGAAGCCCUGGAUUCAGUGAGGGAGAAAUUACAUGGAGGCAAAGGUCUUCCUUUUUAUGCAGGGCUUUCUCCUGCAGGGAAACUAGUGGCCUAUAAACGUAAACCCAGUUCAACUACAUCUGGGCUUAUCCAGGUUAAUGGUAAGAGUUACCCGCAGGCUAAGUUGCUAUUGGGACAGAUGGGGGCAUUGCAUCCAGCCAAUAGGCUAGCUGCUUAUAUCACAGGCAGGUUGCGACCCUCAGUCCUGGACCUCUCAACCCUCAGUACUGUCAUCUCCAAGGUAGCAUCCAAUGCCAAGGUGGCUGCGUCCAGGAAACCACGCACCCUGUUGCCUUCAACAUCCAAUUCCAAAAUGGCAUCCUCCUCCGGCACAACGACAAAUCGCCCUGGGAAGAAUCUGAAGGCAUUUGUCCCAGCAAAAAGGCCAAUUGCGGCUCGACCCUGUCCUGGUGGUGUGUUCACACAGUUUGUGAUGAGUAAAGUUGGAGCCUUGCAGCAGAAGAUCCCUGGAGUUAGCACACCCCAACCCCUGACAGGGCCACAGAAGUUCAGUAUCAAACCUUCUCCAGUAAUGGUCGUCACACCUGUGGUUUCUUCUGAGCCAGUUCAGGUGUGCAGCACUGUGACUGCUGCUGUCACUACUUCCCCUCAAGUGUUUUUAGAAAAUGUUACUGCUGUGACUUCUGUGACUGCUAUUUCUGACUUGGGAGCUAAAGAAACUACUUAUUCCUCUGGUGCCACCACGGCUGGGGUUGUUGAGAGCUCUGAAACUAAUACCAAUACCCCUGUAACAUCUACCCAGUCUACAGCCACUGUGAACCUUACCAAAACUACUGGGAUAACUACCCCUGUGGCUUCAGUUGCAUUUCCCAAAUCAUUGGUAGCAUCUCCUCCAACCAUAACUCUUCCUGUUGCUUCCACUGCCUCCACCUCCAUAGUCAUGGUGACCACAGCUGCAUCUUCCUCCAUGGUGACUACAUCUACUUCAUCUCUGAGCUCUGUUCCUAUUAUACUCUCAGGAAUUAAUGGGAGUCCACCUGUGAGCCAGAGACCAGAAAAUGCCCCUCAAAUUCCAGGGACUACUCCACAGAUAUCUCCUAACAGUGUGAAACGUACUGGACCUCGAUUGCUGCUGAUUCCAGUGCAGCAAGGUUCCCCUUCGCUUAGACCUAUCUCAAACCCACAACUUCAGGGACAGCGGAUGGUCUUGCAACCUGUGAGAAGUCCAAGUGGAAUGAACUUGUUUAGACACCCCAAUGGGCAGAUUGUCCAGCUCCUCCCUUUACAUCAGAUUCGAGGGUCUAAUACCCAGCCCAACUUACAGCCUGUUGUAUUUCGGAACCCAGGAUCUGUGAUGGGAAUUCGAUUACCAGUUCCUUCCAAAUCUUCUGAAACUCCAUCAUCUUCUCCCUCAUCCUCUGCUUUCUCUGUCAUGAGUCCUGUAAUUCAGGCUGUUGGGUCUUCUUCAGCAGUAAAUGUCAUUACUCAGGCACCAUCAGUGCUUUCCUCUGGACCUAGUUUUGUCUCUCAGGCUGGUACAUUGACUCUGAGGAUUUCCCCUCCUGAACCUCAAAGCUUUGCAAGUAAAACAGGUUCUGAAACCAAAAUAACAUAUAGCUCGGGAGGACAACCUGUUGGUACUGCUAGUCUUAUUCCUCUUCAGUCAGGUAGUUUUGCCUUGUUGCAGCUCCCAGGACAAAAGACUGUUCCUAACUCCAUUCUUCAGCAUGUUGCUUCCCUUCAAAUGAAAAAAGAAUCCCAGAAUGCAGACCAGAAAGAUGAAACAAACUCUAUAAAAAGAGAACAGGAAACUAAGAAAGUUGUACAGUCAAAUGAAAAAGCUAUAGAUCCUGAAGCUAAUAUAAGUAAGCAAAACUCAGAAAUUAUUACCUCGGAAGAAACCUUGACUGAUGCCUUGGAUGAUGAGGGUGAUCAUGUGGAUGAAGAAUCCCUUGCAGAAGAUGGUCUCACAACUGUCAAACCUGAAAACUCUUGCAUCACUGAGCCUCACACAGAUGAAGACUAUAAAGAUGUUAAUGAAGAGUCUAGGGAUAGCAAUCAGAAUAGUUCCAAGGAAAAAUGUACUGUUCCAGAAGUUAAGACCAUUUCUGAAAAGGUCAAUAAUUUGACAGUUCAGAAUAUAAGUAAAAUACAGCCUCAGAAGUGUGAUGGGACAGUGGAGCAGCAAAAAGGAUCAGACAAUCCAGAGGAAAACCCAAAUGAAUUUCUUGUCAUUUCUGAGGAAGAACGUAAAUUUGAAUUAUCAGGGAGCCAAAUUAAGGAACAGCAAUCUCAUUCACAGCCAGAAGCUAAGGAUUGUGUAGACUCUGUGGGGAAGGACAGAGAAAGAUGGAAAAAACACCUAAAGGGUCCUUUAACUCGGAAAUAUAUUGGAAUUUCACAAGAAUAUAAGAAAGAGGCAAGCAUGCAGUUCUUUAGAGAAACAAAGCCAUGUCAAGAAACUUCCAGUGUGUUUCAAGAGCAGGGCAUCUCUGACUCACUUGGAAGAAGUGGAACUACUGAGAGUGACAAACUUUUAAAACCUGCGUGUGAUUUGUGGCAUGGCAUUUCUAGUUCUGCAGCCUUCUCAAUUGUUCCUAGGAGAGCUACAAAAGCAAGCAGAGGGAACGGACAUUUUCAGGGUCAUUUUCUGCUACCAAGAGAACAGAUAAAACCAAAGCAAGAGAAGAAGGGUGGGAGAAGCAGUGCAGACUUCACUGUUUUGGAUUUGGAAGAGGAGGAUGAGGAGGAUGAGAAUGAGAAAACUGAUGAUUCUAUUGAUGAGAUUGUGGACGUUGUUUCUGGCUACCAGCGUGAGGAGGUUGAUGCAGAAAAGAAUAACUGCGUAGACUAUAUUGAGGAUGAUGAGCAGGUGGAUGUUGAGACAAUAGAAGAGCUCUCAGAGGAAAUUAAUGUUGCUCACAAGAAGACUGCAGCAACUCACAUACAUUCAUUCAAACAGCCGUGCCAUAAUCAUAUCUCUUCAGAUGAAAAAACUUCUGAAAAAAGUCGAAAGGUUCCACCAAUUUCUCCAAAAGUGAAACAUGAUUGCUGGAGUGAUAAACCACAGAAAGAAACAGAAGCAUUUGCAUAUUACCGCCGAACACACACUGCCAAUGAGCGGCGGCGGCGUGGUGAAAUGAGGGAUCUGUUUGAAAAAUUAAAGAUUACAUUGGGAUUACUUCAUUCUUCCAAAGUUUCUAAAAGUCUCAUUCUUACUCGGGCAUUCAGUGAAAUUCAAGGACUAACAGAUCAGGCAGAUAAAUUGAUAGGACAGAAAAAUCUCCUGAGUCGAAAACGGAGUAUUUUAAUACGGAAGGUAUCAUCUCUUUCAGGUAAGACAGAAGAAGUGGUCCUGAAGAAACUCGAGUAUAUUUAUGCAAAACAACAAGCCCUAGAAGCACAAAAACGAAAAAAGAAGAUGGGAUCAGAAGAGUUUGAUGUGUCUCUCAGAACUAGUAAACAGCAGGAAGGAUCUUCUACAUCAUCUACAUCAUCUGUAGAGCUUGGACAAAUGAUUGUAAAUCACAGAAAGGGGAAACCUUUGAUUCUUUCCCGAAAAAGAGACCAGGUUACAGAAAGCACCUCACCUUCGAACACUCCACACUCCUCUGCCAACCUGGUGAUGACGCCACAAGGGCAAUUGCUUACCCUAAAAGGCCCCCUAUUCUCAGGACCAGUGGUAACUGUUUCUCCUGCUCUCUUAGAAGGUGAUCCAAAGCCUCAAAUUGUAAGCAGUUCUAUGGCUCGGUCAGAAAAUGAUGACUUAUUUAUGAUGCCACGAAUUGUUAAUGUGACAUCAUUAGCCACAGAGGAAGAUUUGGUAGACACAGGGGUCAGCAAAUAUCCUUGUGAAGUUCCUGAUGGCAAGUCACUUGACCAGCUGAAAGAUACUGUUGGAAAUGAAGCUAACUCCUUAGAGGAUACAGAUAGAAUCUCUUCUAGAGGAAACCAUAGAGAUGGCAGAAUGGCAUUAGGUUCAACCCAAGUUUUUUUGGCAAAUAAAGAUUCUGGGUUUCCACAUGUAGUCAAUGUUCCUAGUAUGCAGGAAGCACCGGAGUUCUUACCUAAAAAGAUUUCUGGUGAUUUGAGAGGAAAUCGAUAUAAAUGGAAAGAGAAUGAGUUGAGAGGAGAGAGACUGAAGUCAAAGGGAGCUCCGUUUCAUAAAUUAAAGAUGAAAGAGCUCAAGGACUCAAGCAUAGAGAUGGAACUGAGGAAAGUAGCAUCAGCUAUUGAGGAAGCAGCCCUACAUCCCAGUGAACUGCUAACUAACAUGGAAGAUGAAGAUGAUACUGAUGAGACACUGACUUCACUGCUCAAUGAAAUUGCCUUUCUUAAUCAGCAAUUAAAUGAUGAUUCUGUUGGCCUGGCAGAACUGCCCAGCUCUAUGGAUACAGAGUUCCCAGGGGAUGCUCGUCGAGCUUUUAGCAGUAAACUUCCUCCUGGGAACAGAUCAGCUUUCCAGGUUGGACACUUGGGAACAGGUUUGAAAGAGAUGCCUGAUGUUCAAGAGGAGAGUGAAUCCAUCAGCCCCCUCCUCUUGCACUUGGAAGAUGAUGACUUUUCUGAGAAUGAAAAACAACUUGUAGACACAGCUUCUGAGCCAGAUGUCCUUAAGAUUGUUAUCGACUCUGAGAUAAAGGAUUCUCUCCUUUCCCACAGGAAGUCUAGUGAUGGAGGGAAGAGUACCUCUGGCCCUUGUGCAGAGCCUGAAAGUGUAUCCUCACCUCCCAUCCUACAUAUGAAGACUGGCCCAGAGAAUAGCAGCACAGAUACUUUGUGGAGGCCUAUGCCAAAGUUGGCACCUUUAGGUUUGAAAGUAGCUAAUCCUCCCAGUGAUACAGAUGGUCAGAGCCUCAAGGUGAUGCCUUCCUUGGCACCUAUAGCUGCCAAAGUUGGGUCAGUUGGACAUAAAAUGAACUUAACAGGGAAUGACCAAGAAGGCCGAGAGAGCAAGGUGAUGCCUACGUUGGCACCUGUUGUGGCUAAAUUGGGCACUUCUGGGGUUUCAUCAAGUUCUUCAGGGAAAUGAAUUUGCUUGUCCUCAUGCAGAAGCCAGAUAUGAGGGGAAAUUGAA